UACAAUAAUUUUCUUAAUUGUAAAUAUUGUUAUAUGUGUACAAGUAAUCAACGGCUCCUUAUUCUAAUAUUAUAUAUAUCCAAUGGCAAACUUAUUGAUGGUACUAAGGUUUUUAGCUCGAUUGUGACAAAAACUGAACUAUAAUAAAAGUUUCUUCGGCAAUUAGCAGAUAUCGUCAACCGCAUCAUUCCGUAUAUCAAUAUCAGCGUGAGAGCAUGGCUAUAGAAUAACUAAACCAAUCCCUCUUCUUUAUCUUAAAUAAUAACCAAAUCAAAACUAACACACAUGAAUAUACUAUCACGGUAGAAGUGAUAUGUUAAAGAUUGUGUAGAAUGUUAAUCAGUAUAUGAUUCAAACUACAAAAGAAAUUUAAAUGGCUGCAAUUUAGCAAUACAUAAUACAGAUGUUGUUUUUUUUAUCUCUUACAUCUCGUCUUGGCACGAUUGCAAAAGGGAAACCAAACAAUCUAUUACUUAUUUCUAUAGUAUUGCUAUUGCUACAAUGCUCAUACAUACACGUGUUUUAUUUCAACAAAACGCUAUGUCACAUCAGCAUCAGAAAAACGCAUACCUAAGCAAAAUGCCCGAGAAGUUGAUGGUUUGGGGCGAAAUUAAAUCAUGUGGUCAUUUUGUAUUAUUAAACUGCCAACAGAAUAAUAAAACAAAAAUAAAUAAGUCGUAUGUUUAUAAAACAACGUAUUAAAGAUUUCGGGUUGGAAGAUCUAGAGUUGCUUAUUCUGAGGUAAGUUUAUAUUAUUUAACAAAAAUAGAUAAAAAUAUUCAUAUGAAACUAUUUUAACUUGGUUUCCAUCAAAAGUAGCAAUACAAUCAAGUUUAAAUAGUCCUGUUCACUUCAACGUCGCGCGUUUUUGAACACUAUUCGAUAAAAACAAUUGUGCACAAGACACGCUAUGCAAGUCCAUCUUCAACAGAGAAGGCGAACAUGAUUGCCGGAGAAACACGCAACGUUUCUUCGCAGACCAUCUGCAAACUCUCGACGAAAUGCGGUAGAGACGUAACUUAAAUAGUAUUGUUUUCACACAGAGACAUAAGGCCCUGCGGGAACGUUGGGCACAGCCUGCACUCUGAUGCACUGGCGGAAUCGGGUCGGUGCUUUAUAAAAACGAAAAGAGAUUAUGUUUAUUGGAAAACGACUGUCGCGCGUCCAUCAUGAAAGCGGGGAAAGGUUAAAUGCCAUUAUACAAACGACAUUCUUUAAGCCCAGUAUAGCUUUUGAAAAGACGCAACAGGAUUUACGUCUGCUCCAAGACGGUGCACCAGCUCACACAGCUUGAACUACAAUCACGAAUCUACAGGCUAACAAUGUGAACGUUAUUACCACCAAACUCACCAGCUCUGAAUAUCAUAGAAAAUAUUUGUGAUUAACUUCAUCGGCGAGUGUGGAAUAGGAGUAAUAAGCAGUUAACUCGAGAACAUUUGAGAGCCAUUUAUUGCCGAGUCGGCUAACAUACCCCAACAAUAUGUUCAACGCUAUUAUAUUUCACUGCGACGACGCAGCCAUUAUUAACAGCUUGGGCGGGAACAACCGUAAUUAGAAUGUUUAUGGUCUAUCAUAUUGUCAUUAACUAUUAUCUGAAACAUUGCAUUUUACGCAUGUUGAUACUGUUUGUUUAAUCUGCCGUUGUUUGAAUUAAAAUUAAUGAAAUAAUAUGCAAAUAUCUAAUAUUAUUUUCUGCCAUUUUCAGCUAAUUCGACCACUAAUAGUGGCAUUAUUAAUCGAGUUAUAGUAAUUUAUUUAGUUUUUAGUUAUAGGCGUUGCUACAUAUAUUAUUCUAAAAACAAACUUAUUUGAAAAGGUUUACGAACCGAGAAAUAUAUUUAGUUAUUAAUAUAGUAUGUAUUAAAUGUUCUUUGCAAUCUUUAUUAGUUCAGUUAAACAUAAGCCAUGAUCAGUUUGCCUUACACCAUGUUUUAGUUAAAAGAUUUGCUGCUUGGCUUGUCCCUUUUAUUUCCAUUAUAACGUAGCAAACUAUUUUAAUUAAUCAUCAAAAUUGCUAGUCUUAUACGACUCCUAUUAUCGUCUUGUUGGGAUUGUAAAAGGAAAUAAAAUAUUAUCAAUACAUUCAUUUCAAUUACACUGAUAUUUCAACUUAUAUUCUAAUUCAAUUAUAUCAAGCUCCAAUUUUACGAAAUACCUAAGGCAAAAACACGGAAUAAUAGGAUAAAAGUUUAUUUAAGGUCGUAUUUUAUUUCACUAUUUUUUAAUGACCACAAGAUAAUUUUUCAAAGAAAUCAACAUUUUUCCUAUUAAUUUAAUGCAAAUUUCGCGUUUUUAUUUGCAGUAAAAAACGAAUGGAUUUGCCAUUCUGAAAAAAAUAAUCGCAAUGUUAAAGGCGUAUAAAUAAAUUUGACAUCUUACACAAACAUUCAAUUUAUUCAACGAGCGUAUUCAGUUAACAUUCCUUUAGUAAAUAGUAUUUCUGAUUUGUUCAUAAGGCAUUUGAGUUAUGUUUAUAUCUGAAAUUAACUUUUUUUAUUAGAAAAAAACAAUUAUAUUGUAAACUCAAGGAAAAUGUUAGACAGCACCGGCAGCUUGUAACGCCAGAACACCUCAGCAGUUGUAUUCCACGUGUUGUCAGCUCCUUUGGUAUGAUGGAAGUUAUUGGCAUUUUCCAGUCCUGUAGGUAGGUUUUUAAUUAUAGACGAUUUCCUGAUACUGAAGAUCGACUCUGCAACACAUCCUAUUACGGCUGAAAAUGACCGGCUUCUUCCGGGAAAGGGGAAGAGUGGUUCAUCUGACUCUAGUUGUAGCCUAUUGCUUGGUAUACACUUAAUCGCUUUUUGUACUCUGUCAAAGCAGUUCGCUUUCAGAAUAAAAUCGAAAUACAUAUGUGUGAAGUGGUCCAAAGCUGUACAAUGUCCGGGGAAAAUUGUAACGGUGGACAUAAAUACAUAAGGUUUUCGGAAGAAGCCCCUUCAACAUGGGUAAAAGCAUUGAAUGCACAUACAUACCAUGAGUAACAGAGUUCGCAAUGGGUCUUCAGUGGAUAAGAACGUCGUGGAGAGGUCUCACUUUCUUCAGAGCCCGCUCCAGUAUGGGCCUCUGUAGGUGCCGGAAAUUGCGUGCAACGAUAAUAUCAAAGCAUACUUCACCCACAGCUUACACUUUCGCAUGUUUGCCGGUAGCUCGAAUUCUUUAAGGUUAGGGGCGAUUUUUGGACGUAAUCCAUCGGCGAUUUUGAUGUGUUGAUCUAGACGGUCAAUUCCUCUUAUAAGAGGAAAUGAGUUCUGAACACAAAAGAUCAAAUUCAACUGGAUAGUGCUUCCUAUAGGCUUGCAACACAUAUUCAAGACUGUUAUACCCUUGCCGUAUUUGACGACUUAAAAACAACUAGCCGGGUGAAAAUGAAAAUCGUAUGCUAGUGGAACGUCGUCAUUUCCAUCAACUGAAUAGGUUUGGUGUCAGAAGUAUGCUUGACGGGGGUUCUAUCGGGUAGUGUCUUGAUGCGGAUGUCCCUGGUUGGCUUUAGAUGAGAACUGGGCCAUGGUAGCUAUUCGUUGCCAAAAGUCCAGGCGUGUAAUUCCCAAAAUGUGCUUCUUAAUCGUACUAAAUAUCUCUUGCGUUUGUCAAUGUAGACGUGCUAUUUGUUGUUUCUAUUCGUCAGUUUUUCCGUAUUGAUUUGACAUUUGUCAUUAUAGUAGUCAAAAUGUAUAUUUGUCAGAUCUACCCUGUAUAAACUCACUAAAACAUAGAUCGUAUAACUUGACUUUAACAAUUUGAUGAUGUAAUUUAGAAAGCCGAAUCAUGCAUAUGUAAAACUGCAAUCCUACAGUCGACACUCUCAUUCGUAAACUGAACAUUUGCAGUCAAACAAGUCCAGGUUUGCAAAAGUCAAUUGACAAGUGCAGAAUUACAAGGAUAGACGAUUUCGCCUAUGCCAUAUAUGGUAAAUGUUACGGAAAGAAACGAAGGUGAAUGGACGGAGCUAAGGAAUCGGAUUUUCUUUCGUUUAAUUCCGUCGAAUCAAGCAAGGGAUAUAACAUCUUCGCCUACUUCCAGUAAAUUCCCGGUUGUACCACAGUCUACAAUUUCACGAACAUGAUGGAAGACAAUCAAUUAACAGAGCUGAUAGUUAAGAAAUUGAGGAAUGUUAUACACAUCUGCGAAACUGAAAACUACCAAAAUAUACCUGACAUUUCCAGAUAUAUAGAAUUAAUUAUAAGUAUUUUAAGACAUUUCAUUGACAAUCCAAUUGUUGAAACUGUCACACAUAUUUUGGAAACAACACUAGAAACACUAGCAAGCAUGAACUAUUCAUCCGGAGAAUGUGUACAUCUAGGUACAUCGGUCGAAAGAGGAAAGAUUGGCAGACCAGUGUUAAAUGUUCCUCUAGAAAUGUUUGAAUAUUAUGUUGAUGCUGGCUUUUCCCAAGAAAGAUAUGGCAUCUCUUUUUGGUAUAAGUAAAAGAACUUUGAACAGACGCUUAACAGAAUUUGGCAUCUCUAUGUCUUCAAAGUUUUCAAACUUAACCAAUGAAGAGCUAGAUUCAGAAACACAAAAAAUAAUUCAUGAGUUUCCAAACAUUGGUUAUAGAACUGUAAGAAGCCAUUUAAAUGUGAAGAGUUUCGUUGUCCAAAAAUCUUGUGUCCUCGAUUCAAUGAAACGUGUUGACAAAGAAGGUGUUCUGCAGAGAAAGAUUUACUGAAGCCAAUAUUUAGAAGGCAGUACAAUGUGAGGGCACCAUUGUCUUUGUGGCAUAUUGAUGGAAACCAUAAACUUAUCAGAAGCAGCGUUCACCUAUGGUCUUCCAGAGCGUGUUCGGUCGGACAAAGGUGGCGAGAAUGUCAGUGUAGCAGGAAUGAUGCUGGAAAAAAGAGGUGUUGGUAGCUUCAUAGUUGGUAGAAGUGUGCACAACCAAAGAAUUGAAAGGCUGUGGAGGGAUGUGUGGGAUGGUUGUAUCGGUUUAUUCUACAAGCUGUUUUGUAUGAUGGAAGAUACUGGUAUAUUGCUCCCACAAAACGAUGACCAUUUAAAGGCACUGCAUUACAUAUAUCUGCCGCGCAUCCAACAACACAUGGAUACAUUCCGCAGCGCAUACACCAGGAGACCCUUGAGAACUGCAAACAGCAGGACACCAAUGCAGCUCUGGAUAUCAGGGUUACUGAUUGAUCCCCGCACAAAUUUGAACAUGGAUGAGCUGAUCAACUUUGGCAGAGAUGACACAGAAUAUGGAUGUGGUGUGAAUGGCACAUAUUCGGUCGAUUUAGAACUACUUGAUGAUGUUUCGAAUUUACUUAGCACACACGUUGACCCUCUAUCAUAUUCAGAGAAUCAUGGAAUUGAUUUAUUCACGACUGCUCGCGAUAUUUUGUAGAGUUUGUAAUUGGAAUGCAACAUUGCAGACGUGUUAUGAAUCUAGUUGGUGUACUGCAUUACAGACAACGUGUUAUGAAUUCAGUUGGUGUACUGCAUUUCAGACAACGUGUUAUGAAUCUAGUUGAUGUACUGUCUUAAAGACAAUGUGUCAUGAAUCUAGUUGGUGUACUGCAUAACAGACAAUGUGUCAUGAAUCCAGUUGGUGUACUGCAUUACAGACAAUGUGUUAUAAAUCUAGUUGGUGUACUGCAUUUCAGACAAUGUGUUAUAAAUCUAGUUAGUGUACUGCAUUACAGACAAUGUGUUAUGAAUCUAGUCGAUGUAUUGCAUUACAUGCAAUGUUCUGUGGUUCUAGGUGAUGUACUGCAUUACAGACAAUAUGUUGUAAACCUAGUCUAUCUGGUAUUUGUCACCAUUUUGUUCUAUUAGUUGCAUAA